AUUUCUUUCUCAAACUUUAAAGAUAACUUCUCCUCAGGAGUCAAUUUCCUGAGGAGAAGGUUCAGUUCUGGUGAUCUUCAAGGGGAGUUAAGAGAUGAGGAUAUAUUAAAUGCUAUACCUUUAAAGAAAGGACCAUCUCCUAGUGCACCAAGUUCGCCUUCCAAGACCCCUACUCCAGCUAAUCUAGCCAGGGGAUUUUUUUCAUCAUCAGGAACCAAUAAACCUGCGUAUAAUAAAGAUCGGUGUAAAAUAUUAUUAGUUAUUGAUGAUCAUCAUACAGACUGGUCAAAAUACUUUCGAGGUAAAAAAAUAUUUGGUGAUUGGGAUGUACGAAUUGAACAGGCUGAAUUUAGUGAAAUUAACCUUGCUGCCUAUACAGAUUCUGGUACUAUGGUAGAUAUACAAGUUAACAGAAAUGGUACCAAAGUUGUCCGAUCAUUUAAACCUGAUUUUCUUCUCAUCAGACAACAUGUAAAGGAUGCUCACGAAGACUGGAGAAAUUUAUUAUUAGGUUUUAAAUAUGGUGGUGUACCCUGUAUUAAUUCUGUUACUGCUAUAUUUAAUUUUCUAGACAAACCCUGGGUUUUUUCACAUCUGAUACAAAUUCAACGUAAACUGGGAGCAGCAAACUUCCCACUGAUAGAACAAGCCUACUACCCCAACCACAAGGAAAUGCUCAUCACUCCUAAAUUCCCUGUAGUUGUAAAAAUAGGACAUGCUCAUUCUGGACUUGGAAAGGUAAAAAUUAACAACCAUUAUGAUUUUCAAGACAUGGCGGGCGUAGUUGCCAUUAGUAGUUGUUACUCCACGACUGAACCUUAUAUUGAUUCCAAAUAUGACCUCCAUUGUACCAAAAUUGGCAAUGUUUAUAAAGCAUUCAUGAGAAAGUCCAUCUCUGGUAAUUGGAAAGCUAAUACAGGUUCGGCCAUGUUGGAACAAAUUGCCAUGACAGACAGGUAUAAAUUAUGGCUAGAUGAAUGCAGCCAGUUAUUUGGUGGAUUAGAUAUGGUAUCUGUAGAAGCUAUUCAAGGCAAAGAUGGAAAAGAUUACAUUAUAGAGGUGAAUGGUUCCUCCAUGAAUUUAUUGGGUGAAACUCAAGAAGAAGAUAGAAGACAAAUAUCAGAAUUAGUUUUACAAAGGAUGCAACAAUAUUGUCAACCAACACCAACCAUGAGGUGA